UGUGAUGCAUGUAAAUAAAUCUCUUGAAUAAUACCAUACCAUCAUCUUCAUUCUUCAACAUUUCCGCUCAAAACCAGAGAUUUUUUCCCAAACAGACAGAUAUGGUGUUCAUGAUCGGCGACUAUCAACUUGCUUCCGGUUCUUGCCAUUUCGAGACUCUCAAGCUUCUCGAAGCUGAUAUUCACCACGCCAAUUUGCUAGCUUCAUCUAUACCAAGAGACAAGGAUGGUUCUUCUGUUCAGAUGAAAUUGGUCUAUAAUAAUCUUGUUCCAAUUUUCUGGUAUUUUCUCCAAUGGAUGGAUUGUUCGUGCGCUUGUUUGCUCUCGAGUUAUCUCAGUCUGUUUCACAUUGUUGUCUAUAAGGUCAGUUCAUUUCGCAUAUAUCCAUAGGAGCAGCUUCUGCUGCUUUUACAUUCUUUAUUGAAAACUUUUAUAUAUUUCAGGUAUCCUUAGGUGGGAAGUUAGUGAUCUCAUCAAACUCAAGAGCAGCAACAGUUAGAGAAUUCU